AGUUUGCAGUAUAAGUCACGGGUUGGAUGCUGAAUCUGGCACAAGUCCAAACAAGGGAUGCACUUUACACCAAUGAGAGCAUCCAUUUCAACAAUCAGUCCCCCAUAUGGCACCAAGGCCCCUCCUCCACGCUCCAUCCCGGCACUCAUUGAUGCUUCAAAUCACUACGAGCCCCAUGGCUGUCGGAUCAGCUGUUUUUGAUCCGAUCUAGCCUCGUGACAAAGGAAGACUUUCUGCACAAAAAGUAUUUAGAAAUAUUUCGAGUCCAGUUCGGUCUCAUCUGUCUUUGCAGUUGAACCCAGCACACGAACAGCUGCGCGCAGGCUGAGGCACGCUCGUGGAGGAUGCUCGCACUCCGUGGAGAAAUCUGUUUACAAUCGCCGAGUGAACAUUGACAGGAAAUCUGUUUGGGUUUCAGUGAAGGAUUUUAUUUUUUAGUUUCCACACGGCAUCAUUCGUCUUUUCUUUAAAAAAAUUCUAUCAUUUCCAUCCCAGAGCGCUCUGGAGAAGCGCGGCGCCUCAAGGGGAACCUUCUGUUGUUAAAGUGCUGUAGCUGCAUGUCCAGCGCACAUUUUUACCUUUUAAGUUACUCAAGUUCACUGAAGCAUCCGGACAAGGCUUAAAUGUUCGGUAUCCAGGAGCAUCUGAUACGAGAAGUUAGCGGAUUAAAAGAGAGAAGUCUUGGAGAGGAGAUGGAUUCAGUCCGGUCGUGGGUGCGUAAUGUUGGAGUUGUGGAUGCGAACGUUGCAGCACAAAGCGGAGUUGCUCUGUCAAGAGCUCAUUUUGAGAAGCAGCCGCCUUCAAAUCUGCGCAAGUCCAACUUCUUCCACUUCGUCCUGGCUCUGUACGACAGACACGGCCAGCCCGUGGAGGUGGAGAGGACGGCCUUUGCGGAUUUUGUUGAGCAUGAAAAGACGGGAGAGAAGACCAACAACGGCACUCACUACAAGCUCCAGCUCCUCUACAGCAAUGGGGUUCGCACAGAGCAAGAUCUCUAUGCACGUCUCAUCGACUCUGUCACCAAACAGCCCAUAUCCUAUGAAGGACAAAACAAGAAUCCAGAAAUGUGCCGAGUUCUGCUCACACACGAGGUCAUGUGCAGUCGCUGCUGCGAGAAGAAAAGUUGUGGCAACCGAAAUGAGACCCCCUCUGAUCCAGUCAUCAUCGACAGGUUCUUCUUGAAGUUUUUCCUGAAAUGUAACCAGAAUUGUCUGAAGACAGCCGGAAACCCAAGGGAUAUGAGGAGAUUUCAGGUGGUCUUAUCAAGCACCGUUAGCGUAGAUGGACACGUUCUCGCCGUGUCGGACAACAUGUUUGUCCACAACAACUCAAAACACGGUCGGAGAGCCAGAAGACUGGAGCCAGGAGAGUCUGUGGAGAAUUCUAUGGAAUACGCUACGCCAUGUAUCAAAGCCAUCAGUCCCAGCGAGGGCUGGACCACCGGCGGGGCCAUGGUCAUAGUCAUCGGGGAGAACUUCUUCGACGGGCUGCAGGUGGUGUUUGGAAGCAUGCUAGUGUGGAGUGAGCUGAUCACUCCUCAUGCCAUACGAGUCCAAACGCCUCCUCGCCACAUCCCGGGGGUCGUGGAGGUCACGCUGUCUUACAAAUCCAAGCAGUUCUGUAAGGGAGCACCCGGGCGCUUCAUCUACACAGCACUUAAUGAGCCAACCAUAGACUACGGUUUCCAGCGCCUUCAGAAAGUGAUUCCUCGACAUCCAGGCGAUCCAGAGAAACUUGCAAAGGAGAUUCUCCUGAAAAGAGCGGCAGAUCUGGUGGAGGCUCUGUAUGGAAAUCCACACAGUAAUCAGGACAUGCUGCUGAAACGAGCCGCUGACAUCGCUGAGGCUCUCUACAGCGUCCCCCGUCCUCACAGCCAGCUGCAGGCUCUUCCCAGCUCCCCAGCACAUGGCAGCGUCAUGGGUCUGGGCUCCUAUCCCUCUCAGCUCGGUGUUAGCAUCGGAGAGCCAGGACAGAGCAGUCAAGGUUACAUCCGAAACCCCAGCAGUUUGUCUCCCAGGGGUUACCCAUCUGCUUCCACCCCCCAGCAGUCAAGCUAUGGCAGCAGUGGGGGGAUGACUGGAGGAUAUGGGACUGUCCCCAUGACAAGUUUAGGAGUUCCAGGAUCUCCUGGCUUCAGCAGUGCUUCUCCUACAAGCUCUCCAUACAUAAUGCCCUCCAGCCCCACCAUACCAGGAAGCUCCAGCUCCUCAUCCUCUCUUUUGCCUUUCUCCUCCUUCCCGUCAGCUGCUAAACAGAAAAGCGCUUUUGCUCCUGUCCUCAGACCCCAAGGUUCUCCCUCCCCUGCCUGUCCCGCUUCAGCGGGGAACACCUUCAGAGGUAGCCAUCCAACUCACUAUCUGACGCCGCUGUCUGAACUCACGAAUGCAGUCUAACCCCCUCUACUAACAAACUGGAAAGCUAUGACUGAACCAGACAGAAAACGCUUGCUGGAUGUACAUUAACGAAAGACCUGCCAGGCUAGAAUGAUAGCUUUUGUAUAUGUUUUUCUCUCCAGCGAUGACGGGCCUGGUUGUCCCCCCGAUGUAGCUACCCCAUUCUGCCCCAGACCGCUGCUUGAUUUAGCCCUUCUUUUGCCGCUGUGGGGGCAGGGAAAAAUGGGAAUUUCAUCCCUAGCGCUCUUGUAUAACUUUCCUCCUCCAGCUGUCAAACUCAGUCCUGUCGUCAUCCAGACCAAUAAACAGAACGAGGAAUAAAAAAGUCCAAAGAGGAGCCUUCUUCUCCAGAGGAAGAGCAGAACCAACAAUUUCAGAGACACUUCUCAGCAAACCGCAUCAGACUGGACCGGAAAACAGCUGUUUCUGUGCAGCAUCGGAAAGGAAACAAAAAGGAGAGAGACUUCCGAUCUUACCUGGAGCUUCAGGAUCUACACUAACCUCGAUCAGACUUAGAAGAUGCGCUGAACAGGCGCACUGAGAGUUGACAGGUGGCAGACAACCACUCCAAUAAGCAGGGUGCUAUUUUGUUAGAGGACGGACACCUGAAAAGGCAUGUGUGUACCACUGUCUGUGAGCUAGUGACAGAUUUUUUUUUGUAUUAGACUUUUCUAAGUCAAUUUACAUUCCAGAAGAAUAGUCCCUUUAUUUUUUCUUUUCUAAUCUCCAUGGUUUGUCGAGGGUAAAACCUUUCUCUCAUGGGUUAUUACUAAAGAAAUUCAUAUAUUGAUUUAUUUAAAAACAAGCAAUUUAACUUAUUAUAGUUAGUUUAGGGAAUAAUAUAAAUGUGUUUUUACAAAGUGGUUCUUUUUCCAGUUAUUAUUGACACAAAGUUUUUCAGAAAUUGGCAGCAAGUUUGAUAAAUGAUCAUUGAAAUUUUCUUUUUCCAGUAAUGAAAGAAAAACAUCCUAAAUUUUAGGUUUUCCUUGUAGCAAAAUACAUACUUUACGCCCACAAUUACAAAAAUUGUGGCCCUUUGUGUGAAAGAAAAUGUUAGUUUGCCUUAUCCUUUUAAAGUUUACUUAAAAUGCAUGCUUUGUACACCAACAUUUCCAAUUUAUUCACAAUUAGUUAUAGAUUUUUCAGGAUUUCUUCACAACAUCACAAACCAUUACAAGGAGAGAAGUCACUAUGCAGUAUGGAAACUAUAAGCACAGCAGCUUGAAAGAAAAGACGCAGGUGCAUAAGGUGAUCUCUGACCCUUAUUAGCCUGUUCUUACCGUUAUUAUUCAUUUUGUCAUCACAACACAAACUGCUUUCUCAGGACACAAAAACAAAGAGUAGAUGACAUGUGCAAAUUUUCUUUUUUUGUAGAACACGGUUAUUUAUUUAAAUAAUUAUUAGCAAUUUAUUAUUAUUAUUAUUAUUUUUUAAAGCCAUCCUUCUUUAAGCAACAGUACAAACUAUUGGUGCAAAUGUGAUUUGUAAAUUUUAAGGUGUAACUAUAUUUUGUGGUCGAAAUAAAACAUGAAAAAAACAACAAACGAAAAAUCUGUUAAUUAUUUAAAGAGCAAAUGCUGUUGUGUUUUUAUGCUACAUUUUCUGUACAUCAAGAUGCUCCUGCAAGGUUCACUCCAUAUCUCAAGGUGUGGCUGGAUCUAUUUUUGACUGUGCCCAUCACCUGUGUGCUCGUGCAGACUGUUACUUUGUUUUGUACACAUAGUUGAUGAGCUGCAGCAUCUUAAUUGUGAUGCGAGCGUUAAAGACUGAGUAGAGCAUGUCAAGAUAAACAACUCCCCCCCUCCUUCCCAUCUCGCUCCUCUCCAAUAAGCCUGCUUCUCUCGGAGGACCGAGCCUCUGGGGGCCCAAGUGAGAACCGCGAGUCUCCCUCCAUCACGGCCCCUUCCUCUCCUUUAAAAACUCACCCACACACUUGGAGGGGCUUUUUUUUUUCUCCGUCUUUGUUAGGUACCGCUUCAUCCCUUCUUUUCUUCCUCUCCUUUCUCUUGCUGUGGCCCUUCUCUGUUAAUGUAAUUAGCACUGCUAAAGAAGGGCAGUUAAUUACCCACUCUAUUUUGAUCGGGUAAUUAAUGUUAUGCCAGGAAACAGCAACUGUUUCAUUAACAUAGCCCUCAAAGCAGUGCGGGGGUUGGGUGGUACCCGGUGGACACAUGUCUGCACCGACUCAAACUCUGAGUGUUUGUAAGUGUGCAAACUGUAUUUCGGGAGUCUGAUCUGACCUCGGCUGCGUUGGUCGCAGCUUCUCUCGGUGUCACCGCAAGGAACACUUGGCACCUGCAUCCUCCUUCUUGUCUCUCCUUUGAUAUGCUGUUAAUUUGACAAGUUAAAGUCAGCUUUGUUGCCAGCACCCAAGCAUUCGUCUUGCUGAGUGCUCCUUCUGCCCAGUGGUGCAGGAGCCAUAUGCUCCACUUUCACAUGACUGUUUUGUUUGUUGCCGUUCUCGCGAGCGCAGCGGUGCCAUUUACCGUUUUUCUGAUCACAGUUUGUAUAAAGACAGCAUGAGAUGCCACCUGCCACCGAGUCAUUCCACAUCACACAUUCACAUCAGAGCAUCCAGCUGCCGGGUGUACGAGAGCACAAGCGUG